AUGCAAAUUGGUAUUAUUGGUGCUGGCAGAAUUGGUGCUUUCUUGGCGAAAUCUUUCACCCAACUCGGUCAUUCUGUUAGAAUUUCAAACUCAAGAGGUCCAGAAACUUUGAAACAAGUCGAAAGUGAAACUGGCGCCACUGCUCUCCCAGUUGCAGAAGUUGUGAAAAAUGCACAACUAAUCAUUCUGACCAUUCCAACGAAAGGAGUUUUUCAAUUGGAUAGACAAUUAUUCGAAAGCGCAUUGGAAAAUGUCGUAAUUGUCGAUACGUGUAAUUAUAACCCAUCUAGAGAUGGCCCCAUUGAGGAAAUUCAAAAUGGGAAACUAAACCACACCGAAUGGAUUUCUCACUACUUUAAUCGUCCAAUGAUUAAGGCCUUUAACAAUAUUACAGAUUUCAGCUUAAAAUCAAAAGGAGGCAUUCAAAAUGCUCCAAACAGAGUUGCAAUUCCAGUUUCUGGUGAUAGUUUGAAAAGUAAGCAAUUGGUUUCGAAUAUAAUUGAAGAUUUAGGAUUCGAUGCGGUUGAUAUUGGUUCUUUGGCUGAUUCAUGGAAACAACAAAUGGGUGGUCCAAUGUAUUGUAAUGAUUUGAAUAGGGAAGAGUUGGAGAUUGCUGUUCAGAUUGCUAAUAGAUCGGUUAUGGAAGAGCAAUAUCUUGAGAUUUUCAAACAAUUAUACGAAUUCUCAAAUGAGUAUGUCGAGAAGAAUAAUUUGGAUAUUUCUGGAAGUAAUGCAGUUUUAUAUGUUAUGGAAAUGGGAGAUGCACAAGUUCAUAACGAAUUUAUUAGAAUAUUUAGAAAAUCAUUCACUAAUUUGCAAAAGUAA